UCUCUUACUAGUUCUUUCUAUAGCUUAACUGUAGCUAUGUCUGGACGUGGCAAGCAGGGCGGCAAAGCUCGCGCCAAGGCGAAGACCCGCUCCUCCCGGGCCGGCCUGCAGUUCCCCGUGGGCCGCGUGCACCGCCUCCUCCGCAAGGGCAACUACGCGGAACGGGUGGGCGCCGGCGCCCCGGUGUACCUGGCGGCCGUGCUGGAAUACCUGACGGCCGAGAUCCUGGAGCUGGCUGGCAACGCGGCCCGCGACAACAAGAAGACGCGCAUCAUCCCGCGCCACCUGCAGCUGGCCAUCCGCAACGACGAGGAGCUCAACAAGCUUCUGGGCCGCGUGACGAUCGCGCAGGGCGGCGUCCUGCCCAACAUCCAGGCGGUGCUGCUGCCCAAGAAGACCGAAAGCCACCACAAGGCCAAGGGAAAAUAAGUUCCUUACCUGUCUAGUCUUGGACUGUCUUGGUGGAAGUCACCUCAAAACAAAGGCUCUUUUCAGAGCCACCCACAUUUUUCCAAAAACGAGCUGCCACCUCCGGUUGAGUUUUCUAGUACAGUGUGUGGUUAUUGUUCAAGGCAUAUGAUUACUACAUGAAAUUCCAAUCCUUGCUUUGUAACAGUUUUCGCACUGUUGUCUUACUAUAAGUACUUUUGGAGAUAGUUUCUCCCAACGUGGUCGAGAACCAAAGUUGACAACCCGUUCGUAUUCAUCAACACUAAAUAAACAGUAGCACCCGAGUAUUUACUGAUUAUUACCCGGCUUUACAGUUUGC